CAUCCACCGCAGUUACGGAGAUACCUAACACUCUCAGCAGCUCUAGCCGAUCAAAUAGCCCUACCUAAUUAAGCUUGUUUGAUAGUGAGCUCCAAAUGGCGUACUUCAAAACCCUAGCGGCUGGCCUCUUCGCCUUGCUAUUCCUUGCUCCAUUUAUCCUGGCCACCGAUCCGGACCCACUUCAGGAUUUUUGCGUGGCUGACCUUGAUGGCAAGGAGGUGUCAGUGAACGGGCACCCAUGCAAGCCCAUGUCAGAGGCCGGCGAUGACUUCCUCUUCUCCUCCAAGCUCGCUAAGGCCGGCAACACCUCUACCCCGAACGGCUCGGCCGUGACAGAGCUGGAUGUGGCAGAGUGGCCCGGUACCAACACGCUAGGCGUGUCUAUGAACCGCGUCGACUUCGCGCCUGGAGGCACCAACCCGCCGCACAUCCACCCACGUGCCACUGAGAUUGGCAUCGUCAUGAAAGGUGAGCUACUCGUUGGCAUCAUCGGCAGCCUCGACUCCGGGAACAAGCUCUACUCCAAGGUAUUGCGCGCUGGGGAGACGUUCCUCAUCCCCCGUGGCCUCAUGCACUUCCAGUUCAAUGUUGGCAAGACCGAGGCUUCCAUGGUCGUAUCCUUCAAUAGCCAGAACCCUGGCAUCGUCUUUGUGCCACUCACCGUCUUUGGCUCCAACCCACCAAUCCCCACGCCCGUACUCACCAAGGCGCUCCGUGUGGAUGCCGGGGUCGUAGAACUUCUCAAGUCUAAGUUUGCCGGUGGGUUUUAACUUCAAUUCUAAGACCGUGGAAUGAUCAAAUUAAUAAUUCAAAUAAGCAUGUUUGCCAGAGUUUAUAAUUGUGUCACCACAAGUCGUGUAGUUAAGCUUCUGUUCGAUUGACGAACCCCCAGGUUCAGAUCUCACGACCAACGUGGGAAGUUUACUUGUAUUGUAUUUCUUCUCUGCAUUCAACAGAGUAAACAUUAUUUUCGCAAUACAUUUUUUCUGGUUA